AUGCAUUGCAUAGCAAGAAAUAAUGUUUUUAUAGAGAGUAAUUACCUAGGAGAAAUGAACCAUAAUUGUCCGUAUGGUGGUGCUAAAAAAUUUUUAAAUGAAACACAUUUUUUGUGCUGCCAUUCGGGAAAGGUUGUCUUACCUCCACUUUCACCUUAUCCACCGCUGAUGGUUGAUUUAAUGACAGGCAACCAUGUUGAUCGUGCUUUGAAUCAAAAUUUUUUCAAGCAUAUACGAAAUUAUAAUGCCUGUCUAUCUUUUGCUUCAUUCAUAGCCACAAUAGAUCCUCCGUCAAAUCGUGGUCCACCCUGUUUUAGAAUUAGUGGGCAAAUUAUGCAUCGUAUUGGUAAUCUAAGACAUCAGCAAGGGGAUCCACCUGCUUAUUGUCAAUUAUAUGUUUAUGAUCCUAAUACUGCUUUAAACUUUCGAAUGGAGCAAAAUAAUUGUUGCAUACGUGAGUUAAUGGAACUUUUGCAGACUAUAAUUAAUCAGGAGAACCCAUAUGCGCUUGCAUUUAAAAACAUGGCAGAAGUUAAAGAUGCAGAAAUUCGUCAAGCUGCUAUAGAAGGUCGACCGAUUUCUGUUGUCAAAAUGUCGUUGCUUGAGGGUUGUGAUAGACGUCGAUAA